AUGGCCUGGUCCAAGUCUUGGACAUUACUUUGGUGCUCAAAUGUGAAGUGCAAUAGCAUCAUCCAAGUCUUGGCCAUUGUCUCAGUGCUUGAAGCAGAUGAAGAGUCCAUUUGCAAGACUGCUCAAUGCCACAAACUGAUUUGGAUGACCGACUACAUGCAAAGCCAGUGUUUCCUUGAGAAGCAUGAUGGUCUUGUCGAUGUCUUGACUAUCGCCUUGACACUGGAAACGAGUUUGCAGCAAUACACCCAGAUUAUGAAGCACUUGCCCUCAACAAGCAUGCAUGGUGUUGUAGUAUCCAAGGGCACCAUAAUGGAGGAAUAUCACUUCAUCUAA